CCCGAUACCCCCAAGCUGAGUCUAUAAAGCCUGCAGGCCUGAGGUAGAUUCACCAUCCCUGCACUGACUCCAAACAUGCAGGCCCAGAUCUUGCUCCUGCUCCCCAUGGCCUUUCUCCUGCCCCCUAGGGCCUGGGCUGGUGAGAUCAUUGGAGGAAAAAAUGCCAAGCCCCACUCCAGACCCUACAUGGCCUAUCUGGAUAUACAACGCAGAAACAAGCUUAUCAACUGCGGAGGGUUCCUGGUGGCGGAGAACUUCGUGCUGACGGCCGCUCACUGCAAUGGAGACAAGAUCACUGUCAAGCUGGGAGCGCAUAAUAUUAGUAAACAGGAACGGAGCCAACAAGAGAUCCCUGUGUGUCGCCAUAUCCUCCACCCACAAUACGACAGUGAGACCACUAACAAUGACAUCAUGCUGUUGCAGGUACCACCCCCAUUCCAUCACCUUGCGCCUAGUGACCUCACACUGCUGCAGCUGGCAGAGACAGUGAAGCUGAAUAAAUGGGUGAAAACCAUCCCCCUGCCACGCACCAACAAGAGAGAGAAGCCAGGGACCAAAUGCAGUGUCGCCGGCUGGGGCCGCACCAGCAAACAGAGUGAAUCAGCCCCAGCCACCACACUCCAGGAGGCAAAUUUGAAGGUGCUGGAGGAUGACGUGUGUCUGAAAAAUCCCGAUGUGACCUACUAUGACUAUGACGCUUCCACCAUGAUGUGUGUGGGAGAUCCGAAGAAGGGCAAAGCCUCUUUUAGGGGCGACUCUGGGGGCCCCCUGGUGUGUGGGAAAAGAGCCCAGGGCAUCGUUUCAUGGGGAUCCCAAAACAGCGCCUCCCCUGGAGUGUACACAAGAGUCUCCACCUUCAUCUCUUGGAUAAAGGAGACGAUGAGGAUGCUGGAGCCCCAAGCCGAGCCGGGAAUCGCUGCACGGGCCAGAGCUGCACCACUUCUGUCCUUUGGAGAGGCCCAGAUGUAGGGCCUGCUUUGCAGAGGGGCAGAGCCCCCCUAGGCUGAGCCCCCUCCCCCAGCCUUUGUUACCCUCUGGCAGCCCCCCGCCCCGCAUCAUGAGCGUCAAGGUAGGGAGCCUAGGGGAGUUAGGAGCCAGGUUUGAGGCCAGCUCCCGUCAGCUUCCUUGGAAAUUCCAACCCUUAGACUGCCUCUUUGCUGGGGAAACAGGUGGGUUAUUUCCUCCCAGGUAACAGACUUGAGCUGAACCCUGGGGAGGACCCAGAGGUUGGUAGCUCUCAUCUGUGUCAGCUGGUCAAGUGACAGUUUAUGGGAGAUCCUCGUCGUUACCUUGACCUAUUAACUUCAGUUGGAACUGCAGCCUGCCCUUUCCUCAAUGGGCCUUUCCCAGGGGUUUGUUCCCCCUGGGUGGCCACCUGCUGUUCCAAACACACCUGUUCCCAGCGCCAGCAAUGCCAGUGGGAAAGGAACUCAGCGACGGCGACGCUGAACUGACCGCAGAUCAAACAUUAGCGCUGAUCCUCCCCUUCCCACUUCCUCUGCCCUGCUGAGUGGCCUGCUGCAUUUCGCUCCCUGCUUCGUAGCCAGCAAUGAAUAAAAUGAAGUUACAAAAAAGAGUAAUUCGUGUACUGCCACAUUAACCUGAGCCGUGAAAUCCAGAGCAGCCGCUGCAUCUGCCAAGGCCAGGAGGGAAUUGACCCCUACAGGGGAAGGUGGGCCUGUGGUUAAUGCGCUAGGCUGGGACCCAGGACACCUGGGUUCAGUGAUUUCAUGCAGAAUGAGGAUCUGGUGGGUGCCAGUGUUAACCCCCUCAGGGCUGGAGGAAUCCCUGCCUGCUGGGACAGAAAGGGAACUACAAGGAAGAAAGCAGCCUGAGCCAUCAGCUGUCCAGGUUCCAGAGGUUCAACUUCUGGGACAAAAGUGGGACAGGUUUGAAAUAGUUCUAGUGACAAGAAAUUGAUCUGCCUUUUCCCAUCCCCAUCCAUCGAUCUAUCCUAUCCCGAU